AUGAUCAUCUCACGUGUCGUCUCCCUCUUCCUGCGCUUCGGCCAGUUUGUCUGCGCCGCUGUCUGCCUUGGAAUCUCUGCGCACUUCCUACACGAGUACUAUGAAUCUGAGCCGCACACUGGACCUAACGGCCGUGAAAUCUACACGAUCAUCAUCGCUGCCCUUUCCCUCCUCAUGUCACUCGUCUGGUUGAUUCCCUUCACCUCCACCUUCUUCCACUACCCUUUCGACUUCCUCCUCUCGCUUGCCUGGUUCGCAGCUUUCGGUGUUCUUGUUAACUGGGUUCACCGCGCUAACUGCGGCGGCGCCUUCCAUUGGGGCGGAAUCACCCACAACAACUACUGCAGCAAAUGGAAGGCCAACGAGGCGUUCGCCUUCAUCAGCGCCUGCUUUUGGUUGGCCAGCGCUAUUUUGGUAAGAUUAGAACAAACGCGACCUUCGUAUAAUUUGCGCAUCUUCUAA